AUCUAUUUUAAUCUAUGGGGGAAAUGGGUAAUGCAUUUUAAGUACUGACAGCUGUAUUUAGUAAUUUUUGACAGACAAACAGUUUGGAAGUUCAUAGAAUUUUUUGUUAUACAUAUUUUGUUUAUUCUUGUUAGUACCAAAACAGAAGUUGAAAUUGAAGACAAAUAUUCCGUUAAAAGAAUUAUAGUGAAGUGUUAAAGUGAACUUUAUUUAGAACCAUGAUGAAGGUAAAACAUCGAUUGUUGAUUGUGUGUACCUCCGUAACAUUAUUCAUGUGGUAUUCAGUAUGGUUUAAAACUAAUCCUACAAUAACAAUAUUAGAAAAAACUGUGGGGAUGGAAAUUGCAAAAACUUAUCCUUAUUCCAAAAUGAAAUAUAUCUUACAGUGGACUAACCCUAAUACAGAACCAUUUUUAUAUAUGGGGAGGGGGCAGCAAACAUUUAUUAAAAGGCGUUGCCCUGUGAACAAUUGCUUUGUAACAUCAGAUAAGACUCUCCUAAGUGAUUUGACAGAAUAUGAUGCUGUCCUCUUCCAUGGUCCUGAGAUAAGCAAACAUCUAAUACGUUGGCCGCGGAGGAGAUCUCAGCACCAAAAGUUCGUGUUUGUUAGCAAGGAGGCUUCAACUAACUACCCCCUAUUUUAUCAAUUGUACAACGAUUUCUUCAAUUGGACUUGGACUUAUAAACUAAAUUCUGAUACUUAUUAUGGAUACGUGAUGAUUAAAAACAAACUCGGUGAUAUUAUUAGUCCAAGAGAAGAUAAGCAUUGGCUUAAGCUUGAAGAAAUGGAACCAAUAAGUGAAAAGCUUAAAAAUAAACUAGAUAGUAAAACAAUAGCUGCAGCGUGGUUUGUGUCGCACUGUGUAGUAAAAAGUCGAAGAAAUAGAAUAGCGAAGCUACUACAGAAGGAAUUAGCCAACUAUAACAUGACGAUAGACAUUUACGGAAGUUGUGGUACAAAACGCUGUCCGCGAUAUCAAGCAAACAAAUGCUUACGUAUGUUGGAGAGAAAUUACUACUUCUACUUGGCGUUCGAGAACUCUAUCGCAGAAGACUACGUGACGGAAAAGUUGCUUCACGCGUUGCAGCACUACACGGUGCCUAUAGUUUAUGGAGGAGCUAAUUAUACUCGGUUUAUGCCGGACGGUGCAUACCUAAACGUCAGGCCACUUGAUAUAAAAGGCUUGGCUCGGCAAAUGGUGGAAAUUAUAACCGACAAGAAGAAGUACUAUGAUUUCUUCAGGUGGACGAAUCACUAUUCUUACCAUUAUGGGGAAGAAUUCCCCGAAACAGACUACUAUUGUAAUUUUUGUAGUCAAAUAAAUGAUGUCGAAGCGGUGAAGCGAGUUAGCAGGUAUGAAAACUUCCUUGCUUGGUGGAAUGAAAAGAAUAGAACAGGUCCCCGAACUGGAACAUGAAGAUUUUUGACUUCUGGAAAAGUCAAAGGAGCAUUGUGAUCAAACCUAUAAUUUAAAACCAUUUUUAAGAGUUUUGUUUUCUUUGUGGGCUUGUAGAGUUAUA